CAGUCUUUGUCUCUACUUUGCUGUUAUGCAUGUACACACUAUCUUUUACCGUUACUGCUUUGUCAGACGCUCCAAUUUGCAACUUUUGAGGGCCCAGAAUUGUAACAACACAACAUCUCAGAAUACUUGCAGUACAUUCUCCCCAAAUCCAGAGGAACCGAGCCACGGCGCGGAGGGGUGGACCCUUCUAGUCGGGACUCAGAGUUUGUGCUCCGUUGGCAGAGCUAUUGGGCUUCCUAUGCUCCAUGUCUUCGAUUGCAAAGAGAACUUGGCCAGGCUUGAAUGCGAGAAGGGUAGGGUAGGCUUGAACUGGGUUUCUGCAGAUUUGAGACAGGCCCGCCGCAAUAGAGAAGGACGAGGAGGGAGGUUUUGGGCCUCAAAUUUCAUGGCUUCUGAAGUAGCACCUCAGCUUCAUUCUCUUCUUGAUCGCUCUCCCGCUCCUUGCUCCUGCGAUGCUUGUUUUCCGAGCACGGGAUCAGCUACAAUGGCCAGCUAUUUUACAGCGCCAUCAAACGACGAACGAGAUUCGUUGUCCAGGACGACGUUCUGUACCCGCAUCUCACGGUGACUGAGACUCCGAUCGAUGCUGGAGGACCCAACGUGGUUGUAACCGCCUGAACUAUGGACCUGUCCAUCAGGGCCAGAAUUCCUGGAGCUCCUCAAAUUCAUUAGAGAAGUUGUCUUUGGACCCAAGUACUCAAUCCAUCUUGAUGGACCCUCCCAUUCUUGUGAUCGCACAGAAGUUGGUGACAGUGAUGAAUCUUGGCUAGAGAAAUGUUGUCUCGAUUUUGCCAUUGGUAAUAGUAAUCAAGACAAAAA